GUUUAUGCUGUGAUCAUUGGUUAAUGUUAUCAUCUAUGGAACUUGCAACAGACCUAGUGGUGCAGAGACCCGAAGACCACGUGAAAUUCCUCAAAAAAGCACUGGUUCGGUUGCAGCAUUACAGGGACAGGCCCAGACUGCUUAUACUGGCCCCUCCUCAUAUAGACAUGGAGAACAUUGCUGAGUGUGUGUACGAAGUCACCGGAGCACUCCCUGUGACUAGAGCUGAUAUCAUCGCGUUGAGUACAGAGAUCGAAGAGGAGGAAGAAGAAGUGAUGCAGAACAAUGAGGGAGAACAGAUGAAGAUAGAUGAGGAAGAACAGAUGUUGAAAGAACUAAUGUUGCAGAAUGAGCAAGAAAAGAUAUUGCAGGAAAAAGAACGUAGGUUGCAGAACAGAUUUUGCAGAUUUUUAUUAGGACGUAGUUUGCAGAACAGUGAAGAACAGCUGUUUGAAAACAAAGAUGAAGAAGAGGUAUUGCAGAACAAAGAGGGAGAAGAGGCAUUGCAGAACAAUGAGCAAGAACAGAAUUCGCAGAACAAUGAACAAGAGCAGAUGAUACAUCAAACUGACGAAGAACAGAUGUUGCAGAACAAAGAGGAAGAACCAAUGAAAGCAGAAAUUUUUGCACGUAGAGCAUAUGAAGUUUUGAAUUCAAAUCCUUUCUUAGAAAAAGGGUGGAUACUUGUUGAUUUUCCCGACACAUAUGAAGAAGCUAUUAUGCUGCAACGUGCUGGAGUACACCCUACACAAGUUAUGCAGCUCAUUCCAUCAGUUUUGAACAAAACAGGAAACUUGACCUCGGAAGCAGCGAUGAGGCAGUCCAGAUCGAAGAUUUAUAAUGGGAUAAAGAAUUAUCGGCGCCACAUCCUACCUCUUCGAGAAGCCUAUAAGCAUGUGAUUAAGGAAGUGGACGUGAGCGGCAUGGACAUGAGACAAGUGUGCGAGCACGUGGCGCUGCAGGUUCGCCUGUCGGCCGCCGCGAGCGCUCCGUUCGUGCCACGGCUUGCCCUGCUCGGCUUCCGCGGCUCGGGCAGGAGGAGUCUGGCCAGGAUGCUCGCUCAGCGGUUCGGCGUCGUGCACGUGGAUUUAGAUGAAGUAAUGCGUCAAUUGUUUCAAGCCAAGCCGGAGUUGAAGGACCAGAUCAAAGCUGGGAAGAAAACCAACAACAAUGUCAUCAAUGCCAUUAUUGAGGAGAAACUGCUAUCAUGGGAGUGCCUGUCACGUGGUUGGGUGUUGACUGGAUUCCCAAGAACCCUAGAAGAGUUCAAGAUGUUAGAUCUAACAGAUACUCCUCCGAAUAGGGUCGCUCUGCUGGACAUCUCGCCCGAGGAGGCUCUGAAGUACACGUCCGGCAUCCGGUACAACGUGUACACGGGGUCGCGGCACAACCUGCUCUACGACACACCCGAGGUGUACUUGGAGGAAGAGCUCGACAUCCACCCCGAUGACAUGCCCCGCGUGGUGAAGGAGGAGAUCGCGACCCUGCACGAGCAGCUGGACGCGCUGGUGGAGUACUGCGGCGCGUCCUUGACCGUCGUGGACGCCUUGCAGCCGGAGCGGAGGCUGUUCGAGACUCUGAGCGCCGUGCUGACGCGGCCGGCGCCCGUCGCCCCGCCGCGCAGGCCGCUCGGCUAGCGCCAUCUUGCUCACACCCACCUUCCUUGUUUCUUUCACGAUCCCGCACGUCACUUACACGCGCAAAUUUUUCGUUCUUGUACCAAGCUUGUGAGGUUUAUUUGCAAUCUCCUACACAACAAAUUAAGUCCAAAAAUAAAACUACAUAUAUAUUUUGA